GGCCCACGCGGCAUGAGUCGCCCAGGCGCCGCCGACGGCCCCCCCGCGGGCCGCGGCGGCAGCCCGGCGAGCGCGCCGCCCCGCCCGCGCGUCCCGGACAGCUCCAGGUUUGAUCCGCCAUCACGGGUGCCAGAGGAAGACGACUGCUCUUCUCGGCCAUCGUGCGUAUCGCCAGGCCGCCCGCGGCGAGCGGCGUCGGAGGACCUGGACCUCCCGAGGAGGCAGCACACCCCUCCGGCGCGGCCUCGCGCGGAGACCGCCGCGCCGGACGCGGUGGAGGCGGCAGCACUGCCGAAGGGCCUCGUCGAGAGGUCCGCGCCGGUGGAUGCUGGACUUUCCCCUCGCUCGGCGAACUGGGCCGCCCUUCGGAAUGCCGAGGAGCUCUUCGCGGACCCGACAGGCUCGUCGCAUCCCAGCUCCGCGUCGCACAUGGGCGGCAACUCGACGAACUGGAGCACGAUUCGGCGUAACAUGCGCAGCCUGACCACCAAGCCUGCUGGGCAGUCGACGUCGCUCUCUGGGCGAGAUCGGCUGCCGAGACCAAAUUCUUCAACAUCGUGGCAGGGCCUCUCCUCCGCCGAGCUGCGGCGGGAGCUGCAGUCCCCGCUGAAGAAGGUCAGCAAGUCCCGGAGGCGCUUCUCCGAGCCGCUCCCGCUGGCCCGGCAGCUCUCCGACCCGAUGCCGCUGGCGCGGGGCGGGCGCGCCUCUGCGGCGAGGCGGAUGCUGCUCCGCAGGCCUGGCGCGGACGCGAUGCUCGGGGAGAAGGAGAAGGUGGAGAAGCCCGUCAUCGAGCGCGGCGGCGGAUCUGAACGACAGGCCGUCUCCCCGGAGCAGCAGGCUCUCGCCGGCGGCGGCGGCGUCGGCGCAAAACGUCGAGCCGCCGGGCGCGUCGGGAGGCGC